AACAGGACCCAAAACAUCUACUAGCCAAAAUAGCUACUUUAGCUUUAAGGCUAGCCCUGAUACUCUAAAGGGAAAGGACUUUUUAGUUUGUUCAGGAAAUACCAGCAUGGCUUUGUCACCAGCAGUGACGACACUAGGUGAAAAUCCAAACGAAGUCUUUCUAGGCGUUGCGAAGUUGUUACUCACAUACGCGGAUAACAUUUUAAGGUAUCCCGAUGAGGAAAAGUACAGGUCGAUCCGCAUAGGCAACCCCACAUUCUUCACCAAGCUGUUGCCCAUCAAAGGUGCGGUGGAAUGCCUUUUUGAGAUGGGAUUUGAGGAGGCUGAAACACACCUGGUGCUCCCCAAUUCUGCAUCCGUGGAACAGCUGAAGCUCAUCAGGGACUCUAUAGCAGCAGAGAGGGAUCAGAGACAGCGUGGAGGACAGCCUGUCCAACCUACUGCUCAGACUGUCGCACCCUUGGCCUCCGCCUCAGUCUCACCCUCAGCCUCAGCACCAGAGAGCUCCGCUGCUGCCUCCAGCCAGCCAGUUACACCACCUCCAUCGCAGCCUUCAUCCUUGGAGAACAGUAUGAGCUUUUUUCUGACCCUCCAGUCAAACUUCCAACACGUGAUUCUUUAUGAAAACCUUGAGCUGCAGCAGAAAGCCAGGAGCCACAUCCCUCACCAGCAGCUGUCCUCUGCUGCUGAACACAAGCUGAAGGAGGCGAAAGAGGCGGAUCCAGAAUGUAAACUUGGAAUGGAAGACUUCCUGGUGCUGGAGUUGCUCAGAUGGUUCAAACAGGACUUCUUCUCCUGGGUGGACUGCCUGCCCUGCAGCCAAUGCAAAGGCAAGACCCAGAACACCACGGCCCUCAGUCCCACCCCCGAUGACAUCCGCUGGGGAGCCCAGCGAGUGGAGAACCACUACUGUCAGAGCUGCCAGCUCUCCACCAGAUUCCCCAGGUACAACAACCCUGAGAAGCUUCUUGAAACCAGGAGGGGGCGCUGUGGGGAAUGGGCUAACUGUUUCACUCUGUGCUGCAGAGCCCUUGGCCUUGAGGCCAGAUAUAUCUGGGACAGCACAGACCAUGUGUGGACAGAGAUCUACUCGGUCUCUCAGCGUCGCUGGCUGCACUGUGACUCGUGUGAGAACGGCUGUGAUAAUCCUCUCCUGUACGAGGUUGGCUGGGGGAAGAAACUGGCUUACGUUCUGGCUUUCUCCAAGGACCAGGUCGUUGAUGUGACGUGGAGGUAUUCCUGCAAACAUCCAGAGGUUCUGUCGAGAAGGACCAGAGUUCAGGAGGCCUGGCUGCUGCACACCAUUACUGGACUUAAUGUCUCGAGGCAGCAGACCUUCAGUCCAGACAGGAAGAAGGAGCUGACAGAGAGGCUGCUUGUCGAGCUGGUGGAGUUUAUUUCCCCCAAAAAACCUAAACAAGGAGAGCUUGGCGGACGCAACUCUGGCUCUCUGGCCUGGAGGAUAGCACGGGGGGAGACCAGAAAGGCUGAUGCAGGGACCUCCACACAGGCUACAGGUUAUGUGUUCACUCCUACUGAGAAAGAGAAGAGCGACCGGUUGCUGCAUGUGCGCUACAGUGCCACCAAAGACCAGUACUGUCGAGUGUCCAACAACUCUGAGGUUGUUCAGAGCUGGGAUCAGUGUGUGUGGAGGAAGGAGUCGGUGUUCAGGAAGGUGGAAGACGACUGGCAGAUGGUGUACAUCGCUCGAACAGAAGGCUCCUCUGUGGGGAAAAUUAGCUGGAAGUUUGACUUUUCUCCGGCGGGAAUGAAGAUAAAGUCGGUCUCGAUCAUGGCCAGUAGUCAGACCUUCCACUCUGGGAAAGUCUGCUGGCACUUGCAGGCGGGCCAGAGUACCACAGAGUUCUCCGGAGACGGGAAGAUGCAGUCGUUCCAGAGUCUCUCCGGCUCCUCAGAGUUCAUGGUUGUAGCGGCGCUCAGUGGUGGAGAGGAGGAGACGUCAUGGCAGCACUCCCAGCUCUUCAGACGAAGCUUGAAGGAGACGGAGGAGUCCUCCUUUGAAAUCCUCAUCCAUUUGGAAGAUGCUUAACAGUUGUUUUAAGUCUUUUUCAGUGUCGAUCGCUCUGGCGAGUUCAGCGCAAAAAUUGCUGGAUGAUAGUUUUUGUAUGACAAAUCAGUGCAAUAUUUAAAUGUGUGUCAGACCUCCAGGAUGAUUGAAUAUGCAUGACCUAAUAAAGACAUGAAUUCUGUACCUAUCACAGAGUACAGAUGUUGUCACAUAUAAACAUUAUUUUUGACUGAAGGCCAAAUAACCUUCUACAACAUGAAGUCUAAAAUAUACAUGUAAAUGGUUUUAAACAUAAAAAGCCAUUGUGAAUGUGUCUUUAAUUUGUGAUAAAUGGAGACAUUCCACACAGCAAACCCGGGUUGAUGCCCUUGUCAGCUUAGUUUGCGCCAGUUCUCCUGCUUUGUGCUCAUUAAUGUUGGUGAGUGUGUCAUUUAAUAUUUGGCUAUGGCAUCUUUACACCGUGUUAUGCCAGUUUAAGUGUUGUAAGUGUGGUGGAAAGGGCCGAAUGUUAGGAAUUAUAUGGUGGUACAGGAUAAUAAAGAUAUUUUUUGUAGUCUGGUAGUCUC